CUUUAUUAGUAAAGCAAAACGGUAGAAAAUACAUUUGAAAAAUCAGGUAGCCAACACUACAUUACAUUACAAGAACCUGUGUUGGGGAGCAAUGAAGUGGGGUCUUUUAGGUCUCAAAAGCCGUGAAAUGCACUUUUGGCGGAUCUCGAGACCAUGUUCCUAUCGGCAGAAGGUCCAGGCGCCGGUCUUUUAGGAGGAAUACGGUAUAUGACUUUCACCACUAUCGGGUGAAUCGCGCUGUGAAAGCAAGGCGACCGUGAAUGGGUGUACAGAAGCGUUACACCUCGCCUGUCUCGUUCUUUUACCACAAUGGCGAUGUGUGGGACACACGUCCGAAGUUGUAUUGCUUUGACAGCUAGAUGUGCUAGUCAAAGCAUAUAUGGAAUAUACAAUGGUUCAUCACAGAGGGCGGUCCUGACUGUCACAGCAAUAAGGAUGUACAACACAUCCCAUGCCCGACAAGGUAUUCUGCAGAGGGCCAAUGACCGGUUUGAACGCUUCUUGGAUCAUCGAUUCCCAGCCUUUUAUAUAUACUAUCACACAUUUAUGAAGGGCUUCAAGCUCCUGCUUGAGGAUAUGGUAGAAGCAAGGAAGAUUAAAGUGAAAAUGAAUACAGAUGGAAUUCCAUUCAAAGAGCUUCCUUAUCGAGAGAUGGAGCGACUUCGUUUGGUGCGGAAGGACAUAAUCAAGGCCAUUCCUAUGGUCAUCAUUUCACUGCCUCCCUUUGCCAUCUGUUUGGUGUUCACCCUCAUGUACCUUUUCCCUCGUCAGCUAUUGUUCCACCAUUUUUGGACUCCGCAGCAGCAAAGGGACUUUAAGAAGCUGUACCACGAGCAGAGGGCCAGGCAUCACCACGGCAUCCUGGCAGGACUGGAGAGCACCGUUCCAUCUGUAGAGCAGUGGAUGUUCCGCAGUCACUUGCAGUCCCUAUGCACCAAGGUCGGAAGUGGGGCUCACCCCGAAGUGGCCGACCUCUGGCUGGCGCAGGGCGUCUUCAGUGGCCACCCUCUGGGACUCGACUACAUCAGGAACAGCCACAUGAGGCUUCUGGCCUCUCAGCUGUUCUUGACGCCGUGGCUGCCGGCCUUCAUGGCUCGCCGGCGGGUGAACGGCAAAGCUAUGGAGCUGCUGCAUCUGGACCGAGCGCUGAGCAGCCUCGGCGUGGACCAGCUCAGCGACGCCGAAGUCGAGGAGGCUUGCUACCUGCGGGGCCUUGACACCAGUAGCCUCAGUACGGGUCAGUGGCGAGAAUGGCUUCAGCAGUGGCUCCAGCUGUCCUCCAAGGUCAAAGAGUCUGAGACCUCUCUGCUGUUACAUAGCACUAUGCUGCUGUCUGUGAACUACCCGGCGCACUGAGAAGGAGAAGGAGAAGAAUGGGAAGGGUGGCUUGGGUUGUUUGCGCCAUCAUGCCUCAAGCUCCACAGGCAAGACUACACUCAUGACUGCAAAAUGCCACGCUGCAUUUAGACCAAGAGGAGCACGCUCCUGCCAGGACAAGACCCCGUCUACACACACAGAGGGAGUGUGUGUGUGUGUGUGCCUCUUGGUCUGCUCUCAUGAAUUUAAGUAUUCCAGUCCUGAAUACAAUCCAGUCAUCAUAGAACACACACACACACACACACACACACACACACACACACACACACACACACACACACACACACACACACACACACAAACACACUGUCUGAGAGAGGAAAACAAUUAUUUUUUUAUUUCUAUUUUUGUCUUUGUUUCCCCCACCUGAAACCGUAAACCUUAAAUUGAUGCGCCUGUAUAUCAAAGUCUCCUAAAUAUAGUAUACACACAUGAAGACUGAUAUUGUGCUAUGGCUAUUAAUAGCACAUGGUAAAGUGACUUACUUGACUAGGGAAGAAAAUGUGGCUUCAUGCCAGAGAUGUACGCAGCAUCUUUUGCAUCAUCUCAUUGAAUACUUGGUGGUCACGGGGACAUCUUGGAUUGCGUAAGUUACGACUGACUAUGCCAACAAAGGCUUACUCUAGAAGCUUUCACAGAAGCCUGAAGCUCUUUCUCGUGCCAUUCGUACGGCAGAUAGUUGAGUGUGAUGUUGGCUUCUGCUUUCAAAUAGUUUGUUAGCCUUGUUGCUAGCCAUUGAUGUUUUUGAGUGGGCCAGAGUCAUCAGUUUACCUCAUUGUCUAAAGUUCUCAGGAUUACUUUUGGUCUGUAUUUAAUGAUUAUUUAACUUCUAUUUUAUACAUAUACAGUAUGAUGUUUCUUUUCUGUUUCUUUUCAAGUUGUGUUGUUGUCAUUGUUUGUUUUGCUAUGCAAGUUUACCAUUGAUGUGGGAGAAAAGAUACUGUGGUUAAAGGAAGGACUAUGAGACUGGCUUGUAAAUAAUGAUAAUAAUAAAAAAAAAGAGAGCUGGCAGUAUGCCCUUCAGACUUUCAGAAAAGGGUCAGCACUGAAACCGAAUGCAUAGUGAGGAUGGGCACUGGAUGCAUUGAAGCACUAAGGCUAUUCACCUGGUCAAUGUACUCCUUCCUUUUCUCAAGGGAGGAUAUGACAGUGAGAGGGAAGUAUUUUGGCACUUACUCUGUAAAUGCACAUCACCAUGCAGGGACCACAAUACAUAAUGUGUACUGGAACGAUACUUUACCACCACUACAUGUCGGAAUGUUGAUAUUUGCAAUAAAUCCAACAAGU